CGCGCCAUGACGGACCGCUACACCAUCCACAGCCAGCUGGAGCACCUGCAGUCCAAGUACAUCGGCACGGGGCACGCCGACACCACCAAGUGGGAGUGGCUGGUGAACCAGCACCGCGACUCGUACUGCUCCUACAUGGGCCACUUCGACCUGCUCAACUACUUCGCCAUCGCCGAGAACGAGAGCAAGGCGCGCGUCCGCUUCAACCUGAUGGAGAAGAUGCUGCAGCCCUGCGGGCCGCCCGCCGACAAGCCCGACGAGUCCUGACCCUCCGUCCUCCUGCUCCCGGCCCUCUCUCCCGUGUGGCUCCCGCGAAGGACUGACCGGGAGAAGCCUCGCAAAAUGCCUGCUUCUGGACUCUGACUGUGCAGUCGUUCGCCCUUUUUCAGGUGGAAUAUAAUAAAGCUUCCUGAUAAUUCCUAAUGUUUGGUUUGGUAGCCUCCUAGUACGAGCUUUUUGUUCCCAGAGGAGUUCUGGUGCUCGGUAUUGAGCGUUUCAGUGCGACCAGCCGAGGUGAAAGUCUCGAAUAUCCCAGACAGCAUUUUCCCGACCGGGCAGAUUGAGGCCUUCUUACAAAACUCUGUUUUGGGGGGAGAGAGAUGAAGUUUGUUGGUACUCAAAGGGCUUGAUUUAUUGGUAGCAAUAUUAUGUGGGGUGGUUUGUGGUAUAGCGUAAGUCAGUUCCUCUAGUACUUAAAAAUCCCAAAACGGCUUUUCUUUAAACACUAUUUUUUUGUCUCAUCUUCCUGUUUCCUGUGUGUUUGAGUUUUUCGAACUUCGAUUCUUUCUGAUACAAAUUAGCUACUGUUUUUUCCUCCUUAUUCUUACCUAGUAAUAGAGCAUUCCAACAAAGAUAUUAAUAUUGGGUUGGGCUCUGUAAAUACGGAAUAAGAAUAUAAGGGUAAUUCACUACUACAUAGAAGUAAAAUGCAGUCUUAGAUCAGAUUGCAUACUGAAUAGAUGUUGAUUCUGAUUUGUCACUUAAAUUAGGAUGUUUGCUUACAGUAAAAAUAAGUUUUGAGUUCUAAAAGAUGGAAAGACCUCAGCCGAAAACUCUUGAGAUAUGUUGCUUGGUGAAAUAAAAUGCUCUAAUUUUUGA